GCUCCCAGGUGAUGUGUGUGGGGCCUUGCACAACACUUUGGGUAGCGAUAUUUUACACCAUGUCCCUCUGAGGCGCUUCCACAGCAACUCAUUUAAGUUAACUUAAAUAACUGGCCUAGAGAAAGAUGACCAAUGGAGAGUCUUCAAUGUCUGUGAGGCAACUUUAGGAUGCCGCACUCUUAUUUCUACCUGGGAAGGGGCAGCUGGGAUGAGAGCCAGAGGAAGGGUUGCCCCGACAUUUGAGGAGCCAGAGACUAGAGCCUAGUUUCCAAAGAAGCACUUUGUUAUGUGAGGCAACACAAACCCUCCACAAUCAACACCAAGUUCACAGGCCAAGUGAAGACAGGCCUCAGGUGAGCUUAAUGGGUAAGCAGGCCCAUUCUUGGGCUUCCCUCAUAGCUCAGUUGAUAAAGAAUCUGCCUGCAAUGCAGGAAACCCUGGUUCGAUUCCUGGGUUGGAAAGAUCUGCUGGAGAAGGAAAUGGCAACCCACUCCAAUAUUCUUGCCUAGAGAAUCCAGUGGACAGAGGACCCUGUCAGGCUACAGUCCAUGAGGUCACGAGUCAGACACAACUUAGCAACUAAACCACCACCAGCCCCAUUCUUUCUACCAUAUACUCAUUUUCCUUCCUUCUUUCAUCCAUCAAACCUUCACGGAGGAUCCACAAAUAAACCACAAGAUCUGAAGGAUUCAAAGAUGAAUCAGAUUUGGUACCUGACCUCCAAGGGGAGGAAUUCGGUCUAGGGAAACCCAUUUGUAAAACCAAUAAUAACAAAGUGAUUAAGUGGUAAUAACAGGAGGAUAUAAAAAGAGACACACCAACAUAAAGGAACACUAAUAGCUUCCUAGUGCAGCAGCCACUGGAGGAACUAGAGGGAACAUUUCUAAUCUUUCCAAAAACAGGCAAACCCUAAACAAAGAUUCCCUGCCAGGAACCAGCCUGCCAUGAUGGAAGCAGUGCUUUGAUGCCUUGAAGCCAUGAAUUCUGGAGUCACAACAUGGGGAGAGCUUCCUCUGCACCUCUAAUCUCUAGCUCUAUACAAGUGCAUCUAGGAAGAGACUUUUAGAUCAGCCCCUCCAAAGUAUGGGGCCAACCAUUAUCUUACUCCAGACAGUUUCAGUAUCUGCAUCCUAACCUCCUGUGUCAGAAUCCAGCACAUCAUUUCCCUAGUUCCGGAAACGCUUGAGUCUUUGCCCUUUGUCAUACUGAGCUCUUAAUUGGUUUAGCCCAUCACACUGCUAGAUAUAAAGGCUACAAUCCCUAGACUUAAGUAGGUCUGCAGCUGGGGCAGGGAGUCUCAGGCAAGACAGGAAGGGUGCAACAAUAUAGCACCUGCUCUCUCACCCAGCUCCCUAUAGACUGGCUUUUUAGGAGGACUAAGAAACUGAUACUCGAUCCCAAUUUAUUUUUCCUUAUCUUCCCAUCUCUCAGAUAGGAAACCCUGGAGGAGAAGCUUAAGGGCUGGAGGAGGCUGCCGAGGAGAAGACGGAUGAAAGAUGGGGAGUGGAGCCAGUGCUGAGGACAAAGAACUGGCCAAGAGGUCCAAAGAGCUAGAAAAGAAGCUGCAGGAGGAUGCUGACAAGGAAGCCAAGACCAUCAAGCUGCUAUUGCUGGGUGCUGGGGAGUCAGGAAAGAGCACUAUCGUCAAACAGAUGAAGAUCAUUCACCAGGAUGGAUAUUCGCCAGAAGAAUGCCUGGAGUACAAGGCCAUCAUCUAUGGCAAUGUGCUGCAAUCCAUCUUGGCUAUCAUCCGGGCCAUGCCCACACUGGGCAUUGACUAUGCUGAAGCAAGCUGUGUGGAUGAUGGGCGACAGCUCAACAACCUGGCUGACUCCAUUGAAGAGGGCACUAUGCCUCCUGAGCUAGUGGAGGUUAUCAGGAAGUUGUGGAAGGAUGGUGGGGUGCAAGCCUGCUUUGACAGAGCUGCAGAGUACCAGCUCAAUGACUCGGCAUCUUACUACCUGAAUCAAUUAGACCGAAUUACAGCCCCUGACUACCUCCCUAAUGAGCAAGAUGUGCUACGAUCCAGAGUCAAAACCACAGGCAUCAUUGAGACUAAGUUUUCUGUCAAGGACUUAAACUUCAGGAUGUUUGAUGUGGGAGGGCAGAGAUCAGAGAGAAAGAAGUGGAUCCACUGCUUUGAGGGAGUCACCUGCAUCAUUUUCUGUGCAGCCCUCAGCGCCUAUGAUAUGGUGCUGGUGGAAGAUGACGAAGUGAAUCGUAUGCAUGAGUCACUGCACCUGUUCAACAGCAUAUGUAACCACAAGUUCUUUGCGGCCACUUCCAUUGUCCUCUUUCUCAACAAGAAGGAUCUCUUUGAGGAAAAAAUCAAGAAAGUCCAUCUCAGCAUUUGUUUUCCAGAGUAUGAUGGGAACAACUCUUAUGAGGAUGCAGGGAAUUAUAUCAAGAGUCAGUUCCUUGACCUCAACAUGAGAAAAGAUGUCAAAGAAAUCUACAGUCACAUGACCUGUGCUACAGAUACACAGAAUGUCAAAUUUGUAUUUGAUGCAGUUACAGAUAUCAUCAUCAAAGAAAACCUCAAGGACUGCGGACUCUUCUAGUUCUCACCAUUCCUCAAGUAUGUUCUGUAAGCAGGCUCCGAAUCUCAGUAAUUUUAAGCAGAAAAUUUUAGGUCAAUAUAUUAUGACAAGAAGAAUGAAUCCAUUCUCCCUUGGAGAUGGAGUAUGUAUGAUUGCAACUGUGUCUCAUUUGUUCUUUUAAAAUCGGGAUAGCUAGCGCAGUUUAGAGAAUGCAAGACCAGGAUCAGAAGACCCAGGAUCCAUUACUGGCUCUGCAACUUUCUAUUGAUGCAAAAAUGUAAAUAUUUCAUUUCUCUGAGCCUUGAGUCCCUCAUCUAUAAAAUGAAGGUAACUUCUCUACUACUUCACAAGGUUAUUCUAAUGAUCACAAACAUAACUGAAGGAAGGCAUAUAAAAGCUGUGUGGUGACACAAAGAAAUUCUACAUAAAAGCUCCCACUAAUGAAAUUCAACACCAAGGUUUAGAUGAAUUAUCCCAAACAAAAAAGCAAACCUUCCCUGCAAUCUGCAAAAAAAACCUAAAUUAGUUAAAAACAGAAUUUCAAUAAACCUACCACCUUUUUUUACUAUAAGACCUUUAUGUGCCUUAGCUAAGAGAUCUGAAUCAUCAGAUAGAUGUGAGUUUGUGAGCUCUAAGGCACACAUCCAGUUUUUUGGUGUUUUUUGGUUUUUUUUUUUUUUUUUUUGGCCACAUGGCUUGCCUUGCAGGAUCUUAGUUCCACAAACAGGGAUUGAACCCAGGCCCUGGUCAGAGUCCUAACCACUGGACUGCCAGGGAGUUCCCCAAAAUGAUUUUCGUUAAAUCAUAUUAUCCCUCUGCUCCCAAACUGCCAGACUGUGUUCCCUAUAUCUCUAUAAGUAUAGGGAUACUUAUCCCUCUAAGUAACUCUGUCAGCUAUAUAAGACACUUUCUGAAUGAACCUGGAGGACAGAACACACUCCCACUUGGAGUAUUAAUGAUUAUAUUGCUGCUACUUCUCUGUCACAGAAUUUAGAACAAGUGAGCAAUCCUAAAAUCCUCAUUUCAACUGCUACAUGUUUCAGAACAAAAAAGGCAGCUAUUUUGCUUUAGGCACUGAAAAUCUUUGCAGUUGGAUCCAUGUGAUGCCUGGCUGAAAACAACGUCUCCCCAAACAGGCCAACAAUUAAAUUAUCCCUUGAACUCCUUUGAGGGGAAACAAAGCUUGUAUUUAUCUUGACAGGAGGUGGUGAAGUCGAGUAUAGAUUUAGCAUUUACAACUACUAGUGAGGAAAGCUCUUGGCAUCCAAGAUUUAGUAUAUAAAAGAAAGUGUCAAUUAAAAUGAACAUCUGCUCCUUGCCAGAAAAACACAUUCACACUUAGGCUACUACGAGCAAUAUUGAUACUAGAGAGCCAUAUGAGCUUGAAAUACACUGAAGAAUAAAUUUGCAGGUGUUAAAAUUGGAUUCAUUUAAUAGUCUUUCUGAUUCUUUGAAAAGAAACCAACUUGGGAAAAUUACCAGGGAAAUAAGGAAAACUACUGUCUACUGCCGAUUAAAAAACUUAAACCGAAGAAAAAAAAUCUGGGCAAGAUCUCUUGUAUCCAAGCACUGUUCAGGGACUAUUCCAAAGGGCACGCUCUAAUGCUCACUAACCUCUUUGCUUUAAUUCAACUUAUAGGGGUUCUGAGGUGUUUUUUUUUUUUCUUUUGGUAUCAUAAAACCCUCUAGCAGUCUGAUGAAGCCUAUGGAUCUCUUUCUCAGGAUACUUUAAAAUGCAUAAAACAAAAUUCAGAGAACUACAAAGGAAACCAACAUACUGAACCAACAACAGUUGUAUUUUUGGAGUUCUGAAGCCCCAGGUUAAGAAUUUUGCUACAGCUAUGACCUUACCUAU